UGAAGAAGGCUUUCCACACAUUUGUCAUGCUUUCCACUGUUCACCCUUUUCACCUCUCCACUCAAACCACAAGCGUGUUCGCAGCUUUUUUUUCCAUCCUGCAAAUUUAUUUUUAGACUGCUAACUUGUUUAGACUGUUGUUCUGAAUAGUCAAGUGUUUUCAGAUAAAAACUAAAAUAUAAUCUUUGGUUUGACUCCCAGGCACAUGUACUUGUUUUUUUUUUUUUUAAUUCAUUGAAUUUUAUUCUCAUAGCUUGAAGCAAAACCCUCACCAAUUACAGAGGAGAUGGAAAUCAGAGCUCACAACAUGCUGGGAGGCACUCGCCGAGUCAGGAAAGGUGAAUGUAGAAGAGAGAAAGGGAGUGGUGAAGGAAAAGGAGGUGGAGGGCUGAGUGUGUGAAGCUGGAAUGAGAGAAGAGAGGGCGGGCUUUGACUGAGGCAGUGCGCACACACCCUCUUCUCAGACCACAGUCGGAGUUAGACAUUGAGGAGGCAGCAUGUGUGAGCAUGGGCUGUAGUGUGUACAGACCGAAAGGCUUCGCUGGAGUCCAAGAGAAGCCUCUCUGAUACAAAGUAGUCUUACCUUUCUCUUCACUGGAUGCAUGUUUUAACCUUUACAGGAAUUCACGUGACUCUCAUAGGAGGAAUUAGGAAGUUCACUGAAGGUAAACCGAUCUCAACCUUUGAGCCCAUCUGAAUUAUGUGGCUGGUAAAAUGUGACGGCCCAGCGAUGAGAGCGAGAUAAUGAUGUCGUCAAAUACCCACAGCUAAACAAUGGGAAACGUGGAGAGCCAAGAUGGAGUCCGAAAUUAUUAUGGUGAUGAGGCGGGACAUCUCUCCCGCAAGCACACAUCCCGCUCAUUCCGCCUUCCCAACACGCAUGGCGUCCCCCGCCGUCCAAGGCACUCUCCGUCAAUGAACCAGGAGCACAGAAACUCUGCAACCUCAACUCGCUCCUCCAGCACCCCAAGCAUCCCACAAUCCUUGGCGGAGAACGGGUUGGAGCCUUUCAACGCAGCUGAUGAGUUAAGCGAGUUCGGCGCGAACCCUCACUGGACACAACGCGUUGCCAUGACAAUGAGGCCAGAGUCCUACCAGCAAGAUGACGACCCUUUGGCAACGCCGACCCCUGAAACCUCAGAGGCCGACACUGUUCCUCGGGAUGGGGGAGAAGACUCGGCAGGGGAGGGGGAAGCGGCAGGGGUGGAAAGGUACCUGCAGCGAGUGACCGAAGGCUCCAGAGAUGGAGGGAACUUUAAAAAGAAACGCUCAAAGUCGGCAGACAUGUGGAGAGAAGAUAGCCUGGAGUUCUCCUUAUCCGACCUCAGCCCGGAGCAUCUCACCAGCACUGAGGAGAUGAUUGAUGGAGGAGAAGAAGAGGAGGAGGAGCACUUCACUUGCCCCAGAGGUUCUGAAAGAGCAUCGUCUUUGGACCAUCUGUGCAGCCAAAGUCCUGGCCGACGGGGGCAGAGGGGUCGGUAUAUUAAAAGCCACAGAGUGGAGUGCAAUGGAGAUGGACAAGAGGAUGGGUUGAUGUCUCCUAAUGAAGAGGACGGCGGCGGAUACGAAGCUUUUACUCUCCCUUGUCGGCGCUCUCACUGUCUCUCUGAGGGCUUGUCAAUACUGGGGAUCCCGAAUGCACCAUGCCCCACCUUCCAGGGACGACGGGCGCAGACCACUCAGAACAUUUCUGGUGUCUUGAGUGAGGGGAGCGAGUAUGACGACAGCGGGAUUGAUGGCGUUGCUGCAGAUGGAGAUGGAGAUCUGGUGGGGCGGAGGUGUAAGGCCAUGUCAGCCUCCUUCUCAGUGUACUCGGCCACGGAGAGUUGUGUUUUUAACGGGAGUGACAGUGGGAGCAGCAGCGCAGGUGGAGGAGAUGGACGAGGAGGAGAAGGAGGCAGGGGAGGAGUAUAUGAGAAUUUUCGUAAGGAGCUGAACAGUCAAGUCUGGGUUAGUUGCAUUUCUAUGUUUGAACCUUUAAAAAUUUGGCGUAUUUGUGAUCUAGUCAACGUUAUUUCCAAUAUCUUCCUUAUUUUUUUUUUUUUACAGAGGAAUCAGGGCCCAGACUGUCUGGAGGAAGCAGGCUCUGCUGUUAGUGAUGAGCAGAGUAGUGGCACACUCAGCACUGCGUAUCCAUCUGACGCUGUGAUGGGCUGUGCACAGGGCACAGUCAGAAAAGCUGGGGUUCUGGCUGUGAAGAACUUCCUGGUUCAUAAGAAAAACAAGAAGGUUGAACCUGCAACACGGCGCAAGUGGAAAAACUACUGGGUGUCUCUGAAGGGCGGGACCCUUUUUUUGUACGAAUCAGAUGGUCGCUCAGGCAUCGACAAUAACAGUGUUCCCAAACAUGCUCUUUGGGUGGAGAACAGCAUUGUCCAAGCGGUACCUGAACACCCCAAGAAAGACUUUGUCUUUUGCCUCAGCAACUCGGUCGGAGAUGCCUUCCUGUUCCAGACAUCGGGCCAGACUGAACUGGAGAACUGGAUUACUGCGAUCCACUCUGCGUGUGCUGCUGCUCUCGCUCGACAGCACCACAGGGAGGACACCGUGCGGCUGCUCCGGACCGAAAUCCGCAAGCUGGAGCAGAAGAUUGACAUGGACGAGAAAAUGAAAAAGAUGGGAGACAUGCAGCUUUCCACAGUCACUGAUGCAAAGAAAAGAAAGACCAUACUUGAACAGAUUUCUCUGUGGGAGCAGAACUUGGAGCGGUUCCACAUAGAUCUCUUCCGAUGCCGCUGCUACCUGGCCAGCCUGCAGGGAAGCGAACCUCCCAACCCCAAACGUCUUUUGGGUUUCGCUUCACGUCCUACAAAAGCGGCCAUGGGUCGUCUGGGCAUCUUUUCUGUCUCUUCUUUCCACGCACUGGUGUCGGCCCGCACUGAAAGCAGCAUGAGGAGGCGGAACCAGUCCCUGACUCGCACCUUCAAUAAACGGCGAAGUCGCUUCUCCUCCCUCUGGGGUCUGGACACCGCCUCCAGGAGGAAGACCAAGGGGCGGCCUUCGGUCGACCAGGUGUUUUGUGAUGACAGGGAGCUCUCCAGAAAACCUCUGGAGCGCAUGUUUGAAGAUUCUGCCAGUGAGAUAUCUAGAAAAACAGAAGAUUCUGCAAAAAGUCUUCCUCAGCAAACCACAGACAACGAUAUUUGGGUUCCCGACUACUUAAGGCCCUCCUGGGUAUGUUUACCAAAUAAUCAGCCUGUCCUGGCCAUUGUACAGCCUGGUGAGACGACGCUGGAUGUCCUGAGUUCAGUAUGCAAGACCCACGCCAUCGAUCCAUCUGGCCACUACCUCCGUGUAAAAGUUUGGGUUGACAACCAAACGCUUCUUUAUGUUCCCAAAUUCGAAGAAGACAUAUCUGAUUUGCUUUACAGAGAAAUUGAGAUUUGUCCCAAACCUUCCAAAGUGAUCCGUUUUGACAAAGCGGAGUCGUGCACCACUGGAUACGGUUUCACUGUUGCAGUUAUAGAUGAGGAGGGUGUGCAGCAGCUUCACAUUACAGAAAUCAAAGAUGGAGGUCUGGCUUCAUCUAAAGGUUUGAAAGCAGGAGAUGAGAUUCUAUCCCUCAAUGGUAAACCUGCGUCCGCCCUCCAAAUGGAUGAUAUGAGAGCUGCGUUUGCGAACCACACGCUUACCUUGACCGUCAGCACCCUGCCCGACCUGGACCCGGAGGUGCUGUGCUUCCACCCACCCAGGCGCUCUGACAGGGACCAUGAUCUCUCCACAGAUAUCUUCUCCCAGAGCCAAGAGGACAUCCUGGAUGGUGUGUCCGGUCUGACUGUGGACAGUCCAGAUGAGAGUUUGGAGGAAGGACCUCAGCUUGACCAGCAGACGCCUGAAGAUCUGCAGGAAAACAGGACCUUCAUAGAGAUCGGAGAGAAGAACACAGAUCAAGGGACCCCGUUUAGUCGAAGCCUUCACGACAUGAACUCACUGGAACGCCCCAUGUCGUCGUCUUCAUCCUCGUCUUCAUCAUCCCUUUCCCCCAGUCCUGUGUCGGUCCUGCCGCCCACGGCGGGGACCGCCACCCAGAGGCAACUCUCCCACGCCGACAAGCUGCGCAAAGUCAUCAGUGAAUUAGUGGAGACGGAGAAAACUUACGUCAAAGACUUGAGGUUCCUCAUAGAGCGCUACCGGAAACCGCUGCAGAAAGAGCAUUUUCUGACGCAAGAUGAGCUGGACGUUCUGUUUGGAAACCUCGGCGAGAUGGAGAAGUUACAGGUGGAGUUUCUGCGAACGCUGGAAGACGGAAUCAGACUGGUGCCUGACUUGGACAGGCUGGAGAAGGUGGACGAGUUUAAGAAGGUGCUGUUCUCUCUGGGCGGUUCGUUCCUGUAUUAUGCUGAUCGCUUCAAGAUCUACAGUGCAUUCUGCGCCUCGCACACCAAGGUCCCCAAAGUCCUCGCUAAAGCCAAAACAGACCCCGAUUUUAAAGCCUUCCUCGCUGAGAGGAACCCCAAACAGCAACAUUCUUCCACUCUGGAGUCGUACCUGAUCAAACCCAUCCAGCGAGUCCUCAAGUACCCGCUGCUGUUGAAGGAACUCUACUCUCACACCGACCCCGACAGCGAGGAACACUACCACCUGGACGUUGCAAUGAAGGCCAUGAACAAAGUCGCGAGUCACAUCAACGAGAUGCAGAAGCUUCAUGAGGAGUACGGAGCCGUCUUUGACCAGCUCAUCAACGAGCAGAGUGUGCACAAAAAAGAGGUCCCCGACCUCUCCAUGGGGGAUCUCUUGUUGCAUUCCACUCUGGUUUGGAUGAACCCUCCAGUCAAUUUGAUGAAGAGCAAAAAGGACACAGAAUUAGCUGCUUUUGUGUUCAAAACCGCCGUUGUGUUCGUGUACAAAAACUGCUCCAAGCACAGAAAGAAGAUUGGAGGAACCCAUCGAGCGUCUGUGGUUGACGACAGAGAUCCUUUCCGCUUCCGUUACAUGAUCGCAACUGAUUCUCUGCAAGUUCGUGGCCAUGCAAACUCUGAGGCGACAGCAGUUUGUGAAAUAGUUCACGUGAAGUCUGAGUCUGAGGGAAGACCUGAGAGAAUUUUCCAGUUGUGCUGCAGUUCCCCGGACAGCAAGAAGGACUUCCUCAAAGCCGUCCACUCCAUCCUCCGGGAGAAACAACGUCGCCAGUUACUGAAGUCGGAGUCUUUGCCCCCCAACCAGCAGUACGUUCCUUUUGGGGGUAAACGCCUUUGCUUCCUCAAAGGUGUGCGGUCGUCCGUGAGCAGAGCAGCUUCAGCUCCAUCUCGGACGUUGAGUCGCAAAAGGGUUCUGAUGAACAAGAUAACCGUGGACUCCGACCUGAUCGUUCACGGCAACAACAACAGUGACUCCUCCCACCGGCCAGCUCCCCCGCCGCUCUCCCAUCAUCCUCCCAGUCAGCCCCAAAAGCCCCACCGGGAAGACACGGAUCGAUGGCUGGAGGAGCAGUUCAACCUGGGCAGCUAUGAGGAGCAGUGCGAAAGCACCGAGGAGAAGGUGAAAGAAACCGACAUUCUGAGCGACGACGACGAGUACUGCAAGUCUGUUCGGUCCGACUCCGCCGACGGUUUGAAGGCCGGAAUGGAGGAACUGGAUUUACAAGACGAGAACCCGAACAAGUCGGAAAGCGAAGUUGACCGGACGAACGACAGGGUGGACUUUGGUUCUGUGGAUUCUCUCUCACCUGUGAGGCUAGCGCCCCUAAAGCACUGUGUAGUGGGAGGGGCCACCAACAAGGACAGGGACAUGAUCUGGGUGCGGCGAGAUGAGUUCACCUGCAACGGCGACGUCUUCUGAUGAGACGGCAAACCGGACGAGGAAAAGGGAUUCCUGAAAUUAGCUUUAAGAGAACAUUUACCAGUUCUAACGUUUUCCCCCUCAAACCUGCCACAUCCUGACAAUCCUGAAACUAGAAACACCAGGAGAAUAAAUGUAGAAAAUAAACUUUGUUCUGAGCUUGUUCUCAUAGCAGCAAAACUACACCCCAGUCAUCACCAUCCCACUGUAAUCGUACGUGAAGAAAACAAACACUAGAGUGUCUAUUUAUAUACUGCAAGUGCUUAGUACAGGCAGCUACGGUCCCGUGCACGCACAUCGCACCGAAGACGCCCUCACCGCGCUCUUACCCUUUGGUCAAAUGAUCUAUUUUUCAACACAGGAAUGUGGAUGUUAUAAAUAUAUUUUUGACUUUGUAUUUUAACCUUCAAGGGCUCUGAUCUCUUUCCGACUAGCUUUAUUAUUGCUUAUUUAAAAUGUGAUGUAUAUUGGUGUACAUUCAGGAGUAAGACUGUGCAGUUCUCUUGCUUUAAAUCUCUUCAUCACCCCUUUUUUUAAAAAAAAAAUAUCAAAAUGAGUUGAAUCUUAAAAUUUUUACAUUUUUUGCAACAGUCAGCAACCGAGUAUUAUUUUUUUUUAUUUAUAGUUCAGCUUUUUACUAUCGAUUGCCAGAAUUUGAAUUAAUUUUCAUUCAUUAAAGACCCUGACCUAAUUAUUAAGCACCAUAUUGUUUUCAAAUAAAAUAGUAUUUUAGAAAAUAAAUCAAGGAGUUUGUAUUCUCAUGUCCAUAAUGAAGAGUAUCUAUAAAUUCCCCCUUUUUAAAUAACAAAGAAGUCAAAUUUCCACAUUUCCCCUUUAGAUUCACUUUAUAUGUCAUACUGCUUUUCUCCACCAGGGUGUGCUGUUUCACUGUCAUCACACCUGCUUAAAGCUGCACAACUGUAUCAAACAUGCACUAAUAUCAACAUGUGAGUGCAGAAUCUAAUUUAUUGUGAGGAAAGUUGAGAAAUAAACACUUUGUGAGCUUUUUUUUUUUUUUUUUUUUUUUUUUUAAAAGUUAGUUACUCUGGUUUUUAGAUUUUAGCUCAUUCUGUAAGGACUUCUACUGUGAAGUACAAUCACAUGCCCUAAAAAAGGCACGUUUUGUGAAAAGCCCUCUUUGUACUUUGAAAGCUGUUCAUACUUUAAAAUAAAAAAAAGUGGAACUUAA